AUGAACCAGGGAGACCACAUCAGGCGCAAGCCUACUCCGUCCUACGUGCCACCGCUGGGGUAUGAUGAAGCCCUUUUGCUCGCUUCGGCCGAUACUCAAGUCUACGACUGGAGCCCAGAGAACAACACAGGGGCACAAUCUUCAGGAGACCACCGCCAAGAUAGGGAGAGCAAGGAGCCAAAAUCUAGCACCACAUUCGGGACCCGUGAAAGCGAAUACGAACUUGUCAAAACCAGCAGCGCCGACAAGAGCAAGGAGAGGUCAAUACGCAGAAAACGCCCAAGAUUCUACGUCUUACGAGGGUGGUGGCAGGAGAUCGCGUGGUCCAUCAUCAGCCUCAUAUGCGUCAUUGUAUUGGUCACUUUGUUGAACUCCUACGAUGGCAGACCAUUGCCAAGUUGGCCAUCAGGUCUAACGCUCAAUACUGUCAUCGCCUUUGUGUCGACCAUCUGUCGGACUGCUUUCAUCCUACCGGUCAUGGAAAGCUUGUCGCAGUACAAGUGGAAUUGGUACAAGAAGUCGCCGAGACCGUUGGCAGAUUUUCGCGUCUUCGACGAAGCCAGCAGAGGACCUUGGGGGAGCUUGAAGUUGCUUGUCACAACGAAGGGAAGGCUAUACCUCGAGCCUUGA